AACAUAUGUUGCUGACUUAGUUAGCUCCAUAACCAUGCAAUUGGGUAAUGAUACGCUAUACUCCGUACCACCUAUUAGUAGUGGCAGUGUGGUGGCGAAUGUGCUCAGCAUUUUGGAGAACUUCAAUUUUACCAAAGCUGAUUUAGCAGAUGUCAAAGACGAAGCACUAACAAUACAUCGCAUCGUGGAAGCUUUGAAGUUUGGCUUUGCUAAGCGUUGGGAACUUGGUGACUUAAGAUUCAACGAUGUGCGGGAGCUUGUUAGUAAAUUAACUACACCUGAGUAUAAUACUGCAUUAAGCGCACAAAUCAAUGACUCCAGUGUACUCAACAGUAUAUAUGAGUAUGGUGCACAAUAUUUAGGUGUUGAUGAUGUCGGCACCUCACAAGCUGUAAUUUUGGCACCUAAUGGAGAUGCAGUCUCGAUAACAAGUUCUGUAAAUGACUACUUUGGUGCUGGUCAGGCCGGAAAACGUACUGGUAUUAUAUUUAAUAGCUGUAUGAAUGACUUUUCCAUACCAAAUACAUCAAACUACUUUGGACUACCAGCGGCACCCAGCAAUUACAUUGACGCACGUAAACGUCCAAUGUCAUCAAUGUCUCCAAUGAUUCUCACGGAUCCGGCUGGUGAUAUACGCAUGGUAUUUGGUGCUGCUGGCGGUUCUAAAAUUAUAUCUGCUGUUGUUGAGGUAGCGGCACGUGUUUUAUGGUUCGAUCAGAAUAUUAAAGAAGCUAUUGAUGCGCCGCGUUUCCAUCAUCAAUUGAUGCCAAAUAUAUUGGAAUAUGAAAACGAAGGUUUUAGUGAGGAAACACUCAAACUAUUGCGUGACAAAGGACAUCAAGUAAAGCCAUAUAAAUAUAUUGGUUCGGUUGUUUGUGGCAUAGUGAGGAACAGCACAGCAGUAUACGCAAAUGCAGAUUAUCGCAAACAAGGAGGUGUUGCGGGCUAUUAAAAUCUCAUUUAUAGAUCUUAAGAUAUUUAUACACGGUAAUUUAUAUAUGUCAUUUCUAGAUCUAUAGUCAUUUGUAUUAUUACUAAUUGCUAAUCGUACGCAAAUAUAAGAUUAAUUAUAAUUAUAA